AUGGAUCUCCUCACCACCUUUCCAUCCGACACUGAAUUCCCACCAGGAAGCGACACCGAAUUUUACAACAGCUGGAAUGAAAGUUGGGCCUCAGAGUCUUUCUACAACAGUGCCCAAAUCCAGCAGGUCAUGAAAAUGGUUUCCAUGGUAAUUUAUAGCAUCACGUUGGCGUUGGGCACCACAGGCAACGGGCUAGUCAUCUUCCUCACUGGCUUCCGCAUGAAGAAGACGGUCACCACCAUAUGGUACCUCAACUUGGCUGUGGCCGACUUCAUCUUCGCCGUCUCACUCUCCUCUGAGAUAGUUUACAUGGCCCUGGAUUAUCACUGGACUCUGGGGAGGCUGAUGUGCAAGCUCGACAGCAUGGUGACCUUCCUGAACAUGUUUGCCAGCGUCUUCUUCUUGACAGCCAUCAGCGCCGACCGCUGCGUCGCUGUCAUGUGCCCAGUCUGGGCCUUGAACCACCGCACCCUCCGCCUGGCUUCCUUCAUGGCGGCAUGCAUUUGGGUGGCUGCCUUCGCCCUCAGCUUACCGUACCUCCGUUUCCGUGAUACAAAACACUAUCCAGGUGGCUCCGUUGGGUGCAUCUAUAGCUUUGGUUCAGAGGAAGACGGCGAUCUCAGGACCCAGCGGCACCUCUCCGUAGUGGUGACCGAAUUCACAGUCGGCUUUCUCGUCCCCUUCGCCAUCAUUUUGGCUUGCUACUGCUCCAUCGUCGUCAAACUGAGGGGAAGCCUCUUCGGUCGUUUCGGCAGGUCCUUCAAGAUCAUAGCGACGGUGGUCCUGGUGUUCUUCUGCAGCUGGUUCCCAUACCAUCUCUUCUCCAUUCUUGAAACUCUGGAAGACGACAGCCUUGAGCUGAAAAAGACCCUCGAUAUAGGAUCACCAUUGGCUCACGGCCUUUUCUGCCUCAACAGUUGUCUCAACCCUCUUUUGUAUACCUUCAUUGGGACAGGCUGCCAUGCAGCUAACGGUCGAUCCUUCUUGUCUUCCUUUAAAGGAGCUUUCCGUGAGAACUGGGUCCCACACACUCUUUCCAGCAGCAGACAAUUCAGCAGUGCUUCAGCAGUGGAGUCCACCGUGGUUUGA